AAGGUGCGAAAAUUAUAUUGCAAAAACAAACCGUACGAAAACGGACGCGGAUGUUUUGUUUUGGAUAGAAGAAUUGCAUAAAAUAAACCUUUUUGCAGUGAAAGUGCGAAAGCUAGCGCAGCAGUAGCAAAAAUGUCCAAAAUGCUAGCAGAAGUAGAAGCGCUGGUGCUGCAAUAUGUCCCUGAGCUGAUAAAAUCUCUGACCGGGUUCAAUGAAUCUGAGGAAAACUUUGAUAUCUGUUAUAAUUUUACGCUGGGCACCAUAAAAAACGACCGCUACCUCUCCGUCAAUAGCCAUGAAAUACGGAGAAAGAUGGAAGCGAUUAUAGAAAACAUGGAAAUAACAAACUUCACCACUGAGGCGGGCCAUUUGCGUCGAUGCUACGAAGAGUUCAUCAGUGAUCCGGCAUGUCUGGACCACUAUGUGCAAGACAUCCAGUGGUCAGUUUUGUUGUUCCUUUUAACCGUUGCCUACAAUCCGGUCGGGGCGCUAAAGGAACGCUUACGGACAGGUGACUCUAUUCAGCUCUUCGAACCAGAACCACCGGAAGUGCGCUGGCAGGAUAAAGAGCGUGAAAAUCUAAUAGCUGAGUUAUUGGAAGAUAAUUUUCCGCUCGAUACACGUGACGAUAGAGAAGAAUCGGAGCUGAGUGAUUGGAGUGAUUUAGAGGAGAGCGCAUCGGGAAACUACCACAGCAUCGGGCAAAAGGAAGUUGAAAUAGAAUCGAUUGAAGUUGGAAACAAACUGGCUUGUGGGAACGCUGAACUACAGGAGAUGGUGGUAUUCAACAAAAUUGAACCCCCAAGACAAGAAGAAACCUACGACACGUUUAACGACGAGUUGGCAGUGGAUUGGUUGCAGCAGAAUGUACAAGAGGCCUGGUGGAAUGACCCUCAGUACAAGGUGGAGGUAAACAGCGAACACCGAGGUGCUUCGUUUUGUGAUUUCUGGACCGAACGUAUCGUAAAAGUGUCCCACGGAUUUUUGAAAAGCGAGCCCGUCUCGACCGUGUCGGAGCAUUGUAUGCUAAGAGAAAUCUUGUGGAUGUUUACCAAUCCCGUCGAUUGCAAGCUGUUCCGAAUCGAUGACGAUCAGAUUUGGAUCAACACGAAUGUCUCCCUGUCGAGCACGACCGAGCACGGCCUACAAACAUUUCUGCUGAACUUCACCGAAUAUAUGACCAUCGCGUAUCGGUUGCGCAAUUUCUGUAGCAGCAUUCUGGAGCACACUGCACGAAGCCUGCCGGCACCUCACUCCUUCGAGUGUUAUGCGGCUGGUGUGAAGAGCUUUCUGGACAACAUCGAAGCGGUAAUGAUACGCUACGAGCAGGAGCUUAUCAAACAAGAACCAGGCAAAACGUACACGAUCAUCAAGUUUUUCCACGAGCUAGAACCGGAACUAUUUGUGCUGAAGAAGCUCUACGAUAUUCACAAGUUUUCGGUGCUUGACUGGACCAAGUUCCCGGCACACAUUGCGGUCGCACACUUGCUGUCUGGGCUGUUUCGCAGCGUAAAGCUAAGCGCCAACCUAGAAAAGGGAAACCUGGCCUUUGCAUUAUUGCUGGCGGCGCUCAAGUGUUACAUGAACAUAAUCGAUACCUGGUGGACGGAAGGCCGACUCGAUGACUGGCGAGAGGAAUUUCUGGUGGAAAAAACAUACGCAGAAAAUUCACCCACCGGUUUGCAGACGGGGUAUCAGGCACGGUUGUUUUCGAAAUGCAAAAUACGCUCGUUUUACGUUAGCUCGGCCAUAUCGGAGGUGAUUGAGAACGAUCCGAUCAUCAAGCUGUUGCUGCACCACUCGCUGGAGGCCGGCUACACGCUAAACAUACUGAACGGGCUGGACAGAAUAAGCGAUAUGAGAAAGGAACAGGGAAUGGAUGAAAAUUUGGUCUAUGUCAACUUUCUGGAAACGAUCGUACACGAGUUGGAACGAUUCCGCACAGAAAGCCCCAAAGAAAAGAGCUGCGAGACGGAGCAGCAACCCGUCGUACAGGAAAAGAAAAGUGAAAAUGCUGUACUGCACAAUCUUCGCAAACAAAUGCGUGAAGUGUGUGAUGAUGAUCUAUUGCUGCUAGCCUUCAACAGCACGCUCCAGCUAGUGGACGAGAGUUGUCGACAGACUGGAACGGAUGAGCCUUCGUCGCCGGCCGAACAAUCGGCUGGGAAGCUUUCAAACGCCUACACUAUGUACACGAUUCUCAACUCGAUUUCUACCCUUCAGUUACCGCUGGAGCAUGUGCUGUUUAAUGCUAUCAAAAAUCUCAUGGAAACUAAGCGGCAGGCCGCGAACCACUACGUGACGUACAUCUACAAGGACGAGUUUCAUGUGAUGGAUCAUCUGAAGAACAUUCGCAAGGUCCUGCUGCUUGAGGCGAGUGAUCUGAUGGACUAUUUCUAUAGCGAUCUGUUCCGUCGAAUAGAGGCGGGAGAAAGUUGGGCCAAUCCUUAUCUGCUCACUAUCCAGCUGAACGACAUACUGGCGUCACGGUUUAACGAUAUGACGUCGCUGUUCACCGUCGAGGUAAAUCGAGCGGCUGGAUACAAGCUCGACACGACCAUAGUACUGGCGGCGAUCGAUGAAAUACAAGUCCUAUACAAUCCGAGCCACGAUUUAAGCAACAUGAUCAACGACGAAACCAUGGCCAGUUAUAACAGCGUGUUUCGGUUCUUGCUGAAGGUGAAGUGGGCCCUCGGUACGUUGGAAAUGUUGCGUUUUCCAGAAUCUCAGAAAAAGCGCCCACCGUACGCAAGCUUCGGAAUGCUCGAUCUAAUCCUGAAGCGCUUGGCCAUGCUUAAGUUCUGGAUGAUAUUUUCGGUCCAGUGCAUCCAUUCGCAUUUGAUGACGCACGUACUGCAAUCGUUUGGCGAGCAACUGGACGAGAAGCUCGACCUGGCCGACAACCUGAGUGAGAUGAUCGCCGUUCAUCAGUCCUACAUUGCGACCAUAUUCGAUCAUUGCUUCCAGCAGGAUGAUAGCAAACCGGUUAUGGAAGGUAUCAUACGGUUGCUGAACUUGGUGCACAUUUUACGCGAUGAAUGGAACAACACAGUACUUUACACCGAAAUGGACACACGGGGCGACAUUCCGGACAACAGCACGAUGGGAGAUUUCAUCGCGAAUUCGCAGGUGGAUGAAUUGGAGCGAACGUACUGCAAAUGUCACCAACAGCUGGCCAAAUUGCUCAGCCGGGAAGCAUAUGGAAAGCACAAAUUGCAUCUUACCGGAUUGGCUGAUGCGUUUAGUUACAAUGAGCCCUACUAAAGAACUGAGGGUAGGAAUAGCCUAAUAUUGCAAACUGCGCUUCGUGCCAAUGUCGUCCAGUAUCUGUUGCAGCUCAUCGUCCUCGAAGCGGCCUUCGAGCGAAGGAAUGAGAGCUUUUGCUUCUUCCGGCGAUGCCGGGCAGAGGUUUCCCAGGGCUGCAAGCUCGAAUUUGUGAAGUUUUUUCUGCAUCAGCAAACUAAUUAAGGAAAGAUGUUGCACAUCAAAUAAACGUUACUGUGGAAAGCUCUCUACAAGUAGCCACUAGUAGCAUGAUUA